GAAAGUAGAAAAUGGCCACAGAUUGAGAUUGAGGGGCUUACAGACAGAAGAAUAUUCAAUUAACGUUGAUAAAGAAGCUGAUGGCCCAAGUUCGUGAAACAAUUGAAUUACUUACAUUCAUCUUGAAUGAAAAUGGAUGCUCUAAGCUGAAGGCAGAAAUAUUUCGCUCAGCAAAGUUCGACAAAGAUGAAGCGACAUUGCCUUUGUGGAAGUUACUGUUUGAGAUGCUUUAUUAUUGCAAAUACGGUAUUAUUGAUGAAGUUACUGUAAAGGCUUUCUCAGAACUAACAACAGAAGAGCUGAUAGUCUAUGUUAAACAAGAACUGCAGAACCUGGGAUUUCUCUCCAAAGAGUUCUCCCAUCUUCCAACUGAUGCCAGGUCUGGGAGCAGGGAAUUAUUACUGGCCUUUGCCUGGCUAGUUUGUAAACAGAAUCUCAUUGACAAAUUCAUGGACAAUUGCUCAUCUCCUCUGGAAGAUUCCUCUUUGUUAUAUGAGCUUCAGCAGAACAAAACAUCAAAGGAACCUAGAAGUCUGGUAGCAGCAGGUUCCCUGACACCAGUGCAGAAAGUUCAACAGUUACAACUUUUAAAUGGAAAGUUAAGAAGUAGCUUACGGAGACUGUAUGCAUUACAAAGAGAAAAGGCAAAGCUCCAACACAGGGUCCAUGAAUGCACGCAAGGUUCCUUUCUGACACCAGAUAUGCCUCAUCUCUCUUCAUUAGAGGUCCACCUGUUAAGGCACCCUCAGCUGAUGAACAAGAUCACCACACUGCUGGAGAAAGACAACAUCAGGCUGAAGCACAUGCAGGAGUGGAAAGAUCAUGAACAGAUCUUCUGGAAGUGGAUGGAGAGCGUAUUAGAACUGAAAGUGAAAGAAACACCCAGGAACGAGCAAGCUCCUAUGCUGUACUACAAUAUAGCUCCUGAUCCAGUGUCUCGGAUGAAUGAAGCCAGAAGAAAGUUGGAGGAAGCCAUUCUCAGAUAUGAAACAAUAAUUGAGCAGAUUGAGGAAUUGUGGGAAACCAAAAGAAGUGAAGUGACAGAGGAAGAGCUGGACGGUCUGUUAGACAUGUUAAACAUGGAGAUAUCACUACAGAGAUCCAACUUAGCACUGGGCAGUUCUGAUUUCUUCUUAAUGAGAGACCCUACAUUUGUUUUUAACAAGAAAGAUAAGAAAAAGCCAAACUUGCCCAAAUCUACAGACAGGUUACCAUCAGCUCUUGGUGAGGGCCUUAGUGUUCCAGUAGAGAUCUCCUCUGAGAUAGCAGCACUGGAAUCACAGCUGAGGUUGCUGGAGACACAGGUUGGGAGGAAGACCAGGCAGUACACAUCAGAUCUGGAGAGACUUUCUGUUAGGGUCCCAGGGGCACUGUUUGUUCAGCCUUCAUCAUGUGUUUAGAAGGAGCUGGAUAUAAUACUUGUACAAGCUUACAUUUACUACUGCCAUUUACAAAGAAGAUUUAUAUAUUAAACCAAAUUAGGAUGAUUUCAGUUCCGUGUUGAAUCCUCUAAAAGUGAAAAAACAUGAAUUGAAAAUUUUCAGUGUUAGUAGGCCAUUUCUAUUAGAUAAAUAAAAUAUUGAACAUAUUUCUUUAUGAAGUAAAAUCAUUAUACAUGUACAUGUUUGUAAAACUGACAUUUUGGAUAUUAUAGCUUCUCUUUAGGGGGUGGGGUUAAAGUUUGGGGGAUUAUAGUUACCGUAUUUAAGCUUGCUGCAUGCAGAUAUACCUCCUCCAUAGUUUGGAAAAUGGAAUUACGCUCAAUUUAAAUGUAUUAAACAAGUAAUAUUACAAGUAUUCUGUUUUUACAAAAAAUUGAAAGCUUUGAUACAAUGUUUGUUAGAAUUUGUUUUGUGUAAUGAUUAUUUUAAUACUUAAUGUAAAUAUGUUUGAUUGUAUUUAGAUUUUGAAUUACUUUUUUCCCCAAAUAUAUGCAGAGUUUAAUGGGAAUCUUACAAAGAGAUAUUGAUGCAUGCCAUUAUCACCUUGUCUGUCUAUCUGUCGUCAUCUUCCAACACUUAAUGUGAUACAAUCACUCCAGUUCCUUAUACUCUAGCUACACACUUUUAAUUAUUAUAUACAUGUAGCUGUAGGAUAAUGUAAAUUUUGAGGUCAUUUGAUCAAAAGUCAAGGUCAAAAUCCAAAAUAAUUCCCUCCACCAUUCCUCAUUUAGUACUGCAAUAACUUUUACAUUUUGUUAAUACUAUAUAUUAAUUUUGUUAAUUUUUCAGUAUAAAAUUUCAUAUUUCUUAAAUUGCAGAAGAUAUCUCUCAUAUCUGAUACAAAACAUUACGCUAAUUUCAACAGGCAGCUUUCUUAUUCACUUAACAAUUAAAAGAUAUUUGUGGUGAAAAAUUCAAAAGGUCAAGUUUAAUAAGAUUAUCCCUUUGUAAGAGUCUCUGUGACUUUGUCAGUGUUCUUGUUUUGUUCUUUAUUUUGUCUUCCAUGAAAACUUGAAAUGAGUUAUUAAAAGGUGUAAAAAUA